AUGGCACCCUCAAAUUCGAAACGAACAGUUCUCAUAACGGGCUGCUCAGACGGCGGCAUGGGCGCUGCAUUAGCCGUAGCGUUCCAUAAAGCUGGUCUGCACGUCUACGCUACAGCUCGAAGUCCUUCAGCAAUGACUCAAGUUGCCUCAGCAGGUAUCGAGACGCUCACACUCGAUAUACAAUCCGACUCUUCGAUCGCCACCUGUGUUAGCAAAUUGAAAAGUCUUGAUAUACUGGUUAACAAUGCUGGGGCUAGUUACAGUAUGCCAAUCUCCGACCUCUCUAUUGCCGAAUCCAAGAAGAUAUUCGAUGUCAACGUGUGGGCUCAAAUCGUUGUCACACAAGCUUUUCUGCCACUGCUACUCAAAAGCAAGGGAAUGAUUGUCAAUCAAACUUCUGUGGUGGCUUCCAUGGCAGUACCGUUCCAGUCUGUGUACAAUGCCUCGAAGGCUGCCAUGGUUAUACUUUCCGAUUCUCAACGGCUGGAGUUAGCACCAUUCGGAAUUCGAGUUGUGGAUCUGAGGACUGGAGCUGUUGCUACUAACAUAAUCAAGAAUCAGAUCAAAAAUACACAAGUUGUCUUACCCAAGGGGUCAAUUUAUGAGCCUGCUAGAGAAGCGGUCGAGAGCGCAAUGCGUAACGACAAAAUGGCCAACGCGGGUGUGCCAGCGGCGCAAUGGGCGGGGCAAGUCGUGCAGGAUUUGUUGAAGAAAACACCACCGAAUGUUAUCUGGGGGGGAGCUCAAGCGAAUAUGGCAAGAAUUGGCACCUUUAUGCCGCAUGGAAUGCUUGAUGGAACGAUCAAGAAGAUGACCGGGAUUGACGUCGUGGAACGCAUGGUGCGCAAGUGA